AUGCCUUAGGUAGGUGGCAGGCCACUUAGCCUGCCCCGAGAGACCACGGUGGGGAUGAAGGGGAGAGCCGGCCCUUCCCUUCCGCCCUGCCCCUCGGCUGCUCGCUGGGUGAGCUUCGCCAAGCCAGUGGCCUCCUUGGUGCCUACGUCUCUUCCUGGUCUUGGUGUGGCCUACCAACAAGAAAAGACCCUCUUCCCUGUCUGUACCAUCCCGAGUUACAUGUUGAGGGGCCCAGGGACAGUCGUUCAGGAGACACGCCCCUUCCCAGCUCAGCCUCUGCCCCAGGUUUUGGUGCCGCUGCCCCAGCUCUUCAGGGUGACCAACUCCCUCGGCCAGCUGACUCCUGAUACCACGCGGCCCACCUGGGGGAGGCCUGGCCCGCAGCAGUGGCCCGAGUCAUGGGGGAUGGACUCUCUACAGAAGCAGGACCUCCGGAGACCCAAGAUCCAUGGGGCAGUGCGGGCCCCCCUCUACCAGCCGCCCACACUGGCCUCACUGCAGCGCUUGCUGUGGGUCCGCAGGGCUACCACGACGAGCCACGUCAAUGAAGUCUGGCCCAAACUCUUCCUGGGAGACGCGUAUGCCGCGAGGGACAAGAGUAAGCUGGCGCAGCUGGGCAUCACCCAUGUUGUGAACGCAGCAGCGGGCAAGUUCCAGGUGGACACGGGUGCCAAGUUCUACCGCGGGAUGCCGCUGGAGUACUAUGGCAUCGAAGCUGAUGACAACCCCUUCUUCGACCUCAGUGUCUACUUCCUGCCUGUGGCUCGCUACAUCCAAACUGCCCUCAGUGCUCCCCAAGGACGCGUGCUGGUGCACUGUGCUAUGGGGGUGAGCCGCUCUGCCACGCUCGUCCUGGCCUUCCUCAUGGUCUGUGAGAGCAUGACGCUGGUGGAGGCCAUCCAGACGGUGCAGGCCCACCGGGACAUCUGCCCCAACUCGGGCUUCCUCCGGCAGCUCCUGGUUCUGGACAACCGACUGGGGCGGGAGACAGGGCAGCUCUGAGCGUGGCCCAGUCAG